AUGGGCUUGGCUGCCAACGCCAGUGUGCAUGGGAGCUUGCCCAGUAACUCUCCUACUGGCUCCUAUCUGGAAAUCCACUCCAUGUCAAGUAGUGACAACGGCUGGACUGCUGUUGACUUCCCCGUCUCGAGACAUUCCCUCGGCUCCUACGUCGAGGCCAACAACAAUGCCAUCUUCAACCCUAGCCAGACCCUGCAUAUACGCAGUGCCUCCGACUCUUCCAACGAUGACGCCAGCUCUGCUCAGUUGUCUAGUAGCUACGAAGAAAUCCCUUUCCCUCUGUUCUCACCUGUUUCGGAUGGCUUCAGCGCUGCCGACUAUGUUCAGCACAGAUCGCAUCAUUCCCGGAAUAUCUCGUCAGACUACGAACACGACCACAUGUCUCACUCCACAUCCUCAUCGCCCUUGGCAAGUCCUGCUGACGGUACUCGACCUUCUACCUCUCAAGCAGUACAGACAUCUACCAUCUCAUCCAACGCUUCAAGUCCGGUAUCGCCCCCUUUGAGAAAGCGCAAGAGUCCUACCAACGCUCUCGCAAAGACCACCAAGUCAGCCAUCAAGAAGGCUAGCCCGCCUGCUCGUAAAGAUGGUGCCCCCGAGAAGCGUGUCGGCAAGAGAAAGGGUCCUCUUCGUGCAGAUCAACGCCAGCAAGCUCACGAGAUCAGAAAGCUUCGUGCUUGUCUUCGUUGCAAGUUCCUCAAGAAAACCUGUGAUAAGGGCAACCCUUGUGGCGGCUGCCGUCCUUCUCAUGCUCGCCUCUGGCAAGUCCCUUGCACUCGCAUCGACAUCAAGGACAUUGGAUUCUUCAUGAAGGAUUGGAAAGCUGACUACGAGCGUCAUAUCAAUCUUGGUGUUUCCGCUGCCAACAUCAAAGGAUUUUCACCCAACGAGCGCACUGUUUACAUCACUCACGGGUACGGAUAUUUACUUCCCAUCAAUGUCCGUGAGGUCUAUGUGCGCGAUGACAACUGCUUUAACAUCGAAUGGUCCGAGAAGAUCACCGACCCUAUUCAGUUUGAAACAAGUACGUCCAAAUUGUCGGCUGGUAUGGAAGGUGUAUCGGCUUCGAGUCUUUCGGACUACCUGGAUUGCCAUCUCGACAAUGGUUUUGAAUCAUUUGUCGACGGCUACUUCGAAGGUACACCCUUCUUGACUGAGAUGCUCAAGACCGCCUACCACUACUGGGUCAAGUCAAAGUCACCGGUGAUCCGCAAAGCGCUCAAGUUGGUCCUUGCAUACAACUUGACACUUCACAUCACCUUAAUCGAGGGUCUGUCCGAGGAGGAAGCCAAUGUCGGCAAGAUUGAAGACGAGGAAAGCAAAUUCUGCGGUAAGACCGUAGCACCUGGCAUGAUCAACUUCCAGGUCAAGAUCGCCUUGGCCGACAUGUGGAGAGAGCUUCAGAAGGAUGUUCUAGAAGAACUCUCCGCGCUUUACUCUUCUGUUUACAGCGGAGAAAAGCUUAAGAACUGGCCAACCAUCUUCAUGCUUGCCGCAAUCUUGCUGGCUGUGUGGGAGGAGAUGCAGUUCGAUGCACACUUCCGUACACCCAACGAGUCGGCUGUCAAUCAGUUCUGUAACGAUAUGGAGAGCACUCCCGUCGGUGUCAUUGUUGGCUUGUUCCAAGCUAUCAGCCAGAAGUUGCCCAACUUUAUGGACUGGGAUACUCGCAGUCACCACCAGCUUCUCAACUCGGACCCUGCCAUCUGCGAUGCUUUGACCGAAGUGAAGGAGCAUGUCACCAAGCAUGAAAAAUAUCUCCGAUCCAGAUCGGAUGCCAAAUUCGACCGUAACGACUUUGACUGUUUGUCGAACAAGUUCCUCGCCAGACUUGUCAUUCGCGCAAGCUGA